CACACACAAGACGGGUUUUCCGCUGAUAUCGUUAAACAAAAUUGCAUAUAUAGCAAAUAAAUAAUACAAUUUAAUGCAAACAAAACAGUGCACAAUACAAUUCAAGGUACUGGCCACAAUUGUAAAUAAUAUUUAGUGGCAAACCAAGCCACACAAAUGCCAAACUCACGUGAUGAAAAUACGGCUGAAAAGUUCUACGCCAAGUGGGAUGGGGAAUGAGUUUUUCUAAUUGAAUUGAAAGAAGUGAACAAAAUUUGUGGCAAUCAAUUAAUAAAUAUGCGUGCCAAGUGCAUUAUUAAAUGCCAAAUGGCCAAAUAAAACAUGCUGCUUACGCUAAUUAACUCGCUAAAUGAAUCUGUUAACAAAAUGUAAGCUCGUUUCGGCGCAAGCAGAGCGCGAGUUUCGAGUCCCUACACAAUAAAUGCGCAAUAUAAAGCAAAUUAGUUGCCGUCUGCAGUCAACGUCGCAGUCGCUGUCGCAGUCUCGGUCGCAGUCGCAGUCGUGGUUGUCGUCUCCUUUGCAUAGUCUAGUUUGUGUCGUCAAUAAGGACGUAUAAAUAAAUUUGUUGCCCACACAGACUUUGAGCUUAUGCGCUUGUGUGCGUGCACGUGUGCGUGUGUGUGUGUGUGUGUGAGCAUGCGGAAAACAAAAGAAAAUCACAAUAGCGAAAACGAAAACAAUAACAUGUCAAACGGUCAGCGUUUAUCAAAAAGAAAAACAAUUAAAAUGUGGCUGCUGCUUAAGCUGCUCUGUCUGCUGGCGCUGCUGAACGUAAGCUGCGCCUCACCAAUUGAAGUUCUUAUAAAUACCACAGAUGAAGCAACAAAAACUGGCCACAAAGUGUUGUCAGAGCCACCGGCAACAACGACAACAACAAGAAAAGCAGUGAGAACAGCAGCAACAACAGCAAAUGAAACAGCUGGUGCUUAUCUAACUAAAUCGUCGCUGUCGUCCGCUGAUAACAGCGGCCAUGACAACAACAACAACAACAACAACAACAGCGCUGUGUCAAUACAAUUGCCAGCUACAAAUGAUUCCAUUGCUGCCACCCAGUUGCAAAUGUCAUUGGCCACUUAUGCGCCGCUGCACAACAAGAAAAAAACAAUCAAAUGCCAUUGUGAUAUCUGCAAAGAAACGAAUCACAUAUGCGAAACGGAUGGAUAUUGCUUCACCUCGGUGGAAAAGGACAGCAACAACGAUAUAAUCUUUAGUUUCCGUUGCCUCUAUAAGACUUACGAGCUGCAUCGCGAGCCUCUGGAAUGCCUCUCCAGUCGCAGUAAAAUCAAUUCGUAUAGAAUUAAUUGUUGUAGUAAGGAUUUCUGCAAUAAGGAAGAGCUUAUGAGAAACAUAUUUGAUACAGAUUUUCUGCCUAAUAAGACGCUAAGCAGCUGGGAAUUGGUGGCCAUCAUUGUGGGCGCCACUUUAAUUAUCUGUCUAUCUGGCACGAUGACUUGGUAUUAUUGCCAGCGUCGCAAGCGUUUGGCCAACGGACGACCCUUUGCCAAGGAGGAUUCUGUUUAUGAUCCCAUACUGAAUGGCAACACGACACUGCAUGAUAUUAUUGAGAUGACCACGUCAGGAUCUGGUUCAGCUGGACUGCCGCUACUCGUGCAACGUUCGAUUGCACGGCAAGUGCAACUGUGCCACGUUAUUGGCAAGGGACGCUUUGGUGAAGUGUGGCGCGGUCGCUGGCGUGGCGAGAAUGUAGCCGUCAAGAUAUUUUCGAGUAGAGAGGAAUGCUCGUGGUUUCGUGAGGCAGAGAUAUAUCAGACUGUUAUGCUGCGGCAUGAGAAUAUCUUGGGUUUUAUAGCAGCCGAUAAUAAGGAUAAUGGCACCUGGACGCAACUUUGGCUGGUCACGGACUAUCAUGAGAAUGGCUCGUUGUUUGAUUAUCUAACGACGCACACUGUGGACACCAACACGAUGCUGAAUAUGGCGCUAAGCAUUGCCACUGGUCUGGCACAUCUGCAUAUGGAUAUUGUGGGCACACGUGGAAAGCCAGCGAUUGCCCAUCGCGAUCUAAAGUCAAAGAAUAUACUGGUCAAAUCGAAUUUGAGCUGUGCCAUUGGAGAUCUGGGUCUGGCGGUGCGACAUGUGGAGAAAGAUGACUCUGUGGACAUACCGUCAACGCAUCGCGUCGGCACCAAGCGUUAUAUGGCGCCCGAGGUUCUGGACGAGAGCAUGAAUGCCCAACACUUUGAUUCGUACAAGCGGGCGGAUGUGUACGCCUUUGGAUUGAUACUCUGGGAAAUAGCACGUCGCUGCAACAUGGGCAUGAUCUUUGAGGAAUAUCAAUUGCCCUACUGGGAUGCCGUGCAGCCAGAUCCAAGCAUUGAGGAGAUGAAAAAGGUGGUUUGCAUUGAGAAGAGCCGACCGAAUAUUCCAAAUCGCUGGCAUGCCUCUGAUGUGCUGCACAACAUGGCCAAGGUCAUGAAGGAGUGCUGGUAUCCCAAUCCCGUGGCACGUCUGACCGCGCUGCGGAUCAAAAAGACUCUAGCCAGUAUACGUGUUGAGGACAAGGUCAAGAACUGAUUGUGGCUCUAGUGCGUAGCCGAGUGGAAUGCGUUUAAUUUAACUGUGUACAUCGCACCUGUGUAAUCUGUAACCUGGCCCCGUGUUACCUUCAAGCGACAAGCAGCAAAAACAAAAUGAAAUCUAAACAUAACUAAGAUAAUCGAAGCAAGCACAACAAACAACUAACAAAUAUUUUGUAAAUACUUAGGUCUAACAAAUAGCAAUCCUCCCCCUCCCGCUUUGCAUAUGAACUGUAAUCAUUUUUAGUUAAUUAUGUUUAUAAUUUGUACUUUUUGUACUUUUGUACAUAUAUUUUGUUGAAAUUUUUUGCUGAGAUUUGUGUUAGUUUCACGGCCAGAAAGGGGCAGAAAGCGGCGCGCCACAAAACCGUCGCACUGCCAUUAGUGCUAAGCGAUUAGGGCCUAAAUAUAUACAGGCAUAUAUGCAUACAGAUACACAUACACAUACGUACAAGUAUAUUUUUUAUAGCCACUGUUCACAAAACUAUAACAAAAUUCAUACAGUUAAUAGACUUUGCCAAGACUGAGCAGCAGUGAGAGAAAAACAAAGCCCCUACAAAAAAUAAAAACUUUAAAAUAAGAAAAAAUACUACAAAUAAAAUAUUAAUAUGAAUUAAAAAGGACGAAUUGCAACUUGCAGACAACUUUUGUGCUGCAUUAUAUCAAUCUAGUAAUAUAGAACAUGUAGCGUUUAUAUACCAUUAUAAAUACGAUGAGAGAAUCCAACACAUUUUUUAGGCGUUUAUCGUUGACAAAACUCAGGAAAUCACGAAUUACAAUAAGAACAAAAUUGAUACAAAAAAAAAAAACAAAAUAAUAUCGAAGAAAGAAAAAGAUAGCAAAACCGAUGAUUAAAUAAUAAUUGGCGCGCCGCCUGCUCACAUGCUGCAUGCCGCAAUUUUCUAAUCAUGCUUGCAAACAGACAUACAUUUUAUAUAUAAAAACAUACAUAUAAAUAAAUCUAUAUAUAAAGAUAUCGCUUGCUUUUAAGUUCUUUUAGCAAACAUCAUUAUCAGUAAUUUCUGUUGUUGUUUUCAUAUCCUGGAAUGCACUCUCCCCUCUAUAUAACCAAAGCUUGUUCUUCCUAUUAAAACAGUAAUUAUAAUACAAAACUAAAGAUAUGAAGAUAUAAAGGAAUGUAACAAUCUAUAUUUAAUUGCAUCAAAAGGAACUCUGAAUGUUUCAUGAACAAAAUGUUUAAAAAUAUUGAGGGAAAUGUAAUUUUAUGUCAUUUUACCAGAGCUGUCGUGUAAGUUUGAAGUUUGAUUGUAUGUUGAACUCUUCAAGAACUAAAUGUUUUAUAUGUCUGCACCAGUCUAAAACCCUUCACACUCACCCACUCAACCACAAUAUAAGCCUGCAAUAGUAGUUUCUAUAUAACAUCAAAUGUUUCCUCUAUUCCCAAAAUCAACGCUGCGAGAUUAAAGUGAACUAAUAAUAAAAUUAAAGCCAUUAAUUUAACCUACAUAAACUACAUUUUAAGCAUCAUUAAUUAUAAUUCUAUUUGAUAUGCGUAUAACGAGAAAAACUAUAUAUAACUAUAUUGUUAUGACUUUCGGCCUGCGAAAUUUGAUUUCCUAUUAAUUUAGGCACACCAAAACAACUAAAAAUUAUAUAACAAUUUAUUACGAAUUAAACUUUAAGUUAAACUUAAUUCAUUUCCUGUAAUUGUAAUAAGUAAUUGUAAUUUGCUGAAUGUUCUAUUCAUAUUCCGUUUGCAAAUUAACAGAUCGUAUUUUUAAGUUUUUACGAUGAAUAUUCCUGUAAUUAUAUAAUGUGUAAAUAAUAAUGCAAAAUGAGAUCAAUUGUUAAAUUGAUAAAUGUUUAACUAUAAUCGAAAGCUCCCCCCUGCCCUCAUGCCCACAAGUUGCUGAAAAGACAAAUCCAAUUAAAUACCUAAGAACCUUAAGAAUGUUGUCAUCAACUCACAAAUAAUUAAGAAAUAAUAUGGCUUAAAUCAGAACUCAAUUCAGUGUUAUUCGGGCGAAAUUAAAAUUCGAAACUGACUUGAAAUCAUGGCAACUUAAACAGUACUGAGUUAAAAUUGACAGACAAACCGAAACAUAAAAACCGAAGAGAAAUAACUCUCACAAAAGACUUAAUAAACAAUGCGCAAAACAUUUUAAUAAAUAUAAAAGAAAAUUAAUUUCCUAUUUACAGCUGAGAAAAUCAGAAACCAAUAUUACGGUUUGGAAAUUAUGAUAAAAGAAAAUUUUAAAACUAUGAUUUAGUUGUUAGGCUCAAGCGUGUAAUGAAAGUUUUAAGAAAAUGAAAUGUAAAAGUGUUUGUAAUGUGUAUUAAACGUAACUUAACACAGAGAAAGAAUGUGGAAGAGAUAAA